AUGAGUGGAAGUAGUGAAGAGGGGAAGAAACUUCAAUGUAAUAAGACGCUGGGUGAUCUGCAAAGUUACAAGAGUCAACUGGGACAAAGAAUAGAGAAAAUUUCCUCAAACGAAAAAAAUGCCGCGGAGGGUGUUGCCCCCGUCUGGUGUUGUUUAUCUAACAUAUAUAAUUCAAGUAACGAUAAGUUUGGACCUUGUCACCUUAUAUAUUAUACUGUAGGAAGCAUGAUAUAUAAAAAAUUGAAGGAUAAAAAUAAGUUUGAUGAAAUUAUGAAAGAAGUAUACGAUAUAUUGAAACCUCAGUUGAAGACGAGUGAAUGUAACAUACGGGGAAACAGUGACAGUGGGAAAAAGUUGUUCGAGUUAAUGGAAAAAUUCUCCUAUUACAAUUUGGACCGCAGGAAUGUUUGGAAAGAAAGCGAAGGAGAUUCUCAGAAAGUCAAUUGUGAGGGAUGUGCUGAUUAUUUAAGGGAAGUAUCCAGUGCAUGUAAGGUGGUGGAAGCAUAUUGUAAGGAGGAGCAGAAUAAUAAGAAGUGUGGGGUAAUUGAACUGGAUGAAGGUGAUGAAAGCAGCCCAGGGUAUGUGGCACAGUUGAUAGAUAGCUUCAUUCCAAAAACCGAAAAUGGAAAAAUUACGGAGGAGGAACUACAGAGGCUGAAGGAAAAGCAGGAAUGUUUGAAGGAGUUACCUUCAGACAUGAAGCAUAGGACAUUCAGUGAUAUCAAAAAUCAGUGUAGUGAUGGUAAUGGACGUUUUGCCGGGGUAAUGAAGGAAAGGUUAAGGACAUCACUGAAUGAAUCUGGAUGUGGUGCGAACUGCGCCAAUCAAAUUAUAAGAGGUGCAUGUUCUGCACGCGGAACGCACGAAAGCAGUUCUCCCAAUGGUGAUCAUUGCACGUCCCUAUAUUAUUAUAUAGGAAGUGUAAUAUCUACCGUACCAGGAAGUGUCACAUUGUUCAAAGACUUUAUGAAUUCAGUUUACGAAAAAUUAGGGGAGUUCGGAAUUAGUGGCGAAUGUACUAAUAUACACCCCAAAUUGGACGACAAAACCACCUUCGAUAACAUGAAAUCAGUAUAUUAUUACACUCGAGACUACACUACUAUAAGGCCAUAUAUACAGGUUCCCGGGGCCGGAGGAUUUUCCUGUACUGAUAUAAUUCGUGGUUAUUUGGACAACGUCCUUUCAGCCUAUAAAUAUAUGGAGCAAGAGUGCCCACAGGGGGACGAAUAUGGGAGUAGAAAUAAUAAACAAUGGUGCAAGAAUUUUAAGAGCAUGACUGCUACACGUAGUCUUACGGAGUUAUUACAAUUAAAGUCUUCCUUAGAACAUAUAUCCUCCCUGUCCACCGCGGACUCUACCACCGCGGUCACCACGGGCUCCGCCGUGGGUGGUACAUUAUUCACGUUAGGAUUACCAUUAGCUGCUUUCCUUUCUUACAAGUAUGAUCUUUUACCAUCUGGAAUACGUAAAUUCUUCCAUAAUGGCAGAAGUGGAACCAGAAUGAGAAGAUCAGCAUUCGAACCGAAUUCUGACGCAGAAAUGGAAAAUUUCACUGAAUAUUACACAGAAAACGGCUCAACAACAACAGAUCCAACAGAAUAUUCCACAGUAGCAGGUUCAUCAUCUAAUUUAACAACAACUUCAACAGAGGACAGUUCUAUUUUAUAUGAUGAAGAUGGACCAUCGCGAUCACCACCAUUACCGAGAAAAAAAAGGGGAGGAGGAAAUAAUCGAAGGGGCCAAAAUAUUAGUUAUCAUAGUAUGGAACGUUGA